GCCAACUUGGAAAGAUUCAUCGCCAUCGACAGCCCUACCAGCUAUAAAGCAACAACCACCGUCGACGCAGCUCUGUGGGCCCGGUGACUGUACCUUGGUGCAGUUCGCUAACCGCUUUGCUUUUGCCAUGCAGAUGGUCGUCUAUCGCAUCUACAACCUGCUGCUCCCUGUUCUGGCAUGCGCAUCCUCGAGUGCGUCGUCAGUGCAGGCUUCCCCUUGUCACGAAGACGGAGCGGCCACGUGCAAUCCUUUGCCUGGUUUCCACAUAUCGCCAUCUCCAUCUGCCUCACCGUUUGCAUGCCACCUAGCGAUCCUGGAGCCAACUUGGAAAGAUUCAUCGCCAUCGACAGCCCUACCAGCUAUAAAGCAACAACCACCGUCGACGCAGCUCUGUGGGCCCGGUGACUGUACCUUGGUGCAGUUCGCUAACCGCUUUGCUUUUGCCAUGCAGGUUAGUCAAACAUAUGCACUUUUUGCUAAAAAAUCAAGCAAUUAUCUUCUGGUACAGCUCCCGAGCCCACGGUGCUGCGUCGCGAUUGCCACUGAGUGCAUUUCUGUCAUCCGUCUGCUAUUAAUCAUAUCUGGUGACGUCGAGACUAACCCUGUUCCUGCCAGCCUUGACAUUGUACUGGCCGAAUUGCAGAAACUAACCGCCGGCCAAACAACACUUGUGCAGGAGCUAAAGGGCCUGAAACUGCAGCUGACCACCACAGACAAAACAAUCAGUGACCUGAAUAAGCGCAUGACCGACUUAGAGGCCCAUUAUCAGGCUCUCAUGCAUCUACGCCAAGACAUAGAAAUACUGCAGACAGCAUCAACUGAAACAACUCGCCUAGUCACAGCAUUAGAGGCCCGUUUCGACGACGCCGAAAACCGAUCUCGCCGCAAUAACCUGAUCUUCCACGGAAUUACUGACCCCACUUCAAAUGAAACAUUUACUAAGUCUGAAGAAUUAAUAAUCCAGAUCUGCCGUAAUCAUUUACAAACCGACAUCAACCCCACAGAUAUAGAACGGGCACAUCGCUUAGGAAAACACACCAAAGAUCGAAAUCGUCCAAUAAUAGUAAAAUUCGCACAUUGGAAAACGAAAGACGCCCUUCUGUCAAAAGGCCGAAUGCUGAAAGGAACUAAUUAUAGUGUAGGUGAAGAUUUCUCUCGCCUGACUCAGAAAGCACGGAAGGCCCUUUUGCAUUUCGCCAAAUCUAAAUCACUUGCAUAUUCUCUACGCUAUAAAACUUUGUACAUUGGUCCUAAACGAUACGUUUUUGAUGAAUCAUCUAACUCUGUAAAAGAAAUUGUGUAGCAAUCAUCCCGUCCUCUACAAAAAAAGAAUCAACCAGAACUUGCACCUAGAAAAGAUCUUUCGUUUUCCGCAGUCUUUACUAACGCACGUAGUUAUCUUCCAAAGCGCGAGCUUAUAUCUAACAUCAUACCAUCAACAGGCAGCAACUUGCUCAUUCUAACAGAAACCUGGCUACACAAUGACAUCACUGAUACCGAAGUUUUGGCCGAGCUGCCCGACUUCCAUGUUUAUCGAACUGACCGCGUAGGCACAAGGGGUGGUGGCGUUC